AUGAGCGUAGCACGCACAAGGUCCGGCGCGACGCGUCGCGCAGCGCGCAACGAACUCUCUUCUCCGUACGCCCGCCCACAACGUCGACAGAGCCGCGGCUGGAGCCUACUAAGCUUGUUUUGGCCUCCCAACCCCUUACGCCUGUUUUCGGGGUCAUCCGAGGACGACAGCGCAUCCGAAGACUCCGAUGAUGCCGAUGCACCGGCACAGAGAGGCCAGGAGAUGCAAUACGGCAGUGUGUCCCCACCUCCUCCAGCGUCGAUAUCGUUCACGCUGCCACCUCAACGAGGGCCUCCGCCCCAACUUCGGGCACCUUCCCGACAGCCUUCCCAGUUCCAACAGCCCCCUCAGCCCCAAUCAUAUCAGCCUCCUCCGCCUCCUGCCGUUCAGCCUCAGCCUCAACCUCAGCCUCCUCAGCACCGAACUGAGCCGGAACCACCAACCAUGAUGGAUGUCGGAGUCUCGCAACCUCCUGCUAAUAUCCUUCUCAAUGAGCUAACAUCGCAAGGUUCCAACAAUCGCGCGGUAGAGGAAUUCCUACGCCAAAAGGGUGAUCAGCCACUGAGCUUUAUAGAGUAUGCGGGUGUUGUGGCGUUAUUGGGACAGCGGCUUGAAGAACCAAGGAGCGAACCAUUCCGCUUCUCGACCUCCACAAGUCCGGAACCUGUACCUGUACCUGCCGUCGACUUCGCGACCCCAGGAACUUCGUCGAGUAUACCGACGCAAAAUUCGCGUAAAAUGCUUAACAAAAACCCGAAUGGCAAUUACAUCUACCGAGGUGGCGGCAGCUCCCGUGUGGCUACUAAUCGAUAUUACUCUCCUGGGUUUGGGCGUCCUUCACGGAGCUAUUCCACCAUCAAAAUUACCCCAGAGAAAACGAGGACGGACACAAAGAGAAGGCGGACGACCGCAGGCCAUGAGACAGUUUCCUCGCAGCCUGCGCAGUCUUCUGGCAGCCGUGGCGCCACAAUGACAAAUGGUUCUCCGCCUGUGGCCAGCGGAAGCAACAGCACUUCCAGGACGAACGGUGUAUCGCCAUCCACUCCCCGUCGUUCAUCGUACCCUACUCGUGCGACAGCACCAGCCAAUCCAUCACCUCUUCGGCAAGCAUGGGGACAAUCAGACUCUCCGCCUCAGCGCACACCUCCUAAACGGGCCUUCGCGGUGGCCACGUUGCAGGAUAUCAUCGACAAAGCAACGCCGAAGCCAGCAAAUCCAGACUUGCAGAAUCCCUAUGACAACUCGAUUAUGCCCAAGGUCGCGAAGAAGCCCCCUCAGAGGAUGACCAGGAGCUCUACACGAACCCAAGCUGCGACGGAGGCAUCUCAGCCACUGUCGGCUCCCGAAGCGAAGACAAUUGAAUUGAGCGAGCAAAAGAUCAUUGAGAACACGCUGCCUAAGGGAAGUAAACGAUCGCGACCCCCGCCUGAUUUGCGCACGGGUAGAGUGAAUGGCACCUCGUCUUCUGUAUCGUCUUCAUCACAAGCUGGUCCUUCCCGCAUAUCCCAGUCCCAGGCCCCGCAGUCACAGCGUGCCCAGCCUGCUGCCAAUGGUGUCAAUGGCACAUCACGCGGCGCACGUGCCCCAGCCGUCAGUGUGGAGGAGGUGAGCGAUGAUGAAGGCGGUUCGCCUUCAAAAAAGCAGAAGACGACAGCCACACGCUCUCGACCUACGACGAAUGGUCACAAACCGCCAGCUGCCAGCGUCAGUGUGGAGGAGGUGGAUGAUGUGGAAAUGAGUUCUUCGCAGCCGGCUGUCACCCUGCCCGCAGAAGUGGUCGAACUGUCCGAGGCUAGUGGAAGAGGUCCCUCGCCAGCGUCCUCGUCCUCGCUCAGUACUGGGCUCGGAGUGCGCCCGACUCUUGGAGGCAUGAAGUCUUCUGCGCCCAAGGCCCCCUCCAAACUCCGCUAUAGCUUCCAGGCGGAUAAAGACGAGAAGGAGAGAGCGCCGACUCCGUCUACUUCAUCACAGCCCUCUUCACGCACUGCUGCUGCGCCGUCUUUGGGUCCGGCUUUCGUCCCACGGCCUUCUUCCAGACCCGCCCAACGCCAACCUGCCACCACCAGCGUGCCGCAGGAUGCAAGAUCCAUUGCUUUGGCGAGGGACGUGCACGAGCUGCCUACAUUCACUUUCGUGAUCCCCGCCUCAUCAUCCGGGGCUGUUCGCAGUUCCCAGGCGGCGCGUCAGCAAGCACUUGCGAGACCCACAGCGUCGCUCCCUAAUUUCGACCUCUCAGUCUCGGUCGGUUUCAACUGGAGUGCGGCAGGCGUGACUCAGCCCAAGAAGUCUGCAAACGGCGGCUGGAAUUGCCCAACCUGCAUGUUAGACAACACAGGAGCGCAAUGCAUCGCGUGUGAGACCCCGCGUCCAUAGUGCAAAACGUGCUCCCGUGUUGAAUUUUGUUCGCGCAAAGGCCUCGUCGUCUUCGGAAAGGUUUGUAAAUGCGCAUCAAUCGCAUCCUGUGUAUUUGUAUUAUAUCUUGUCUCUUACCAUUGCCUUCGUCUGCGGAUUUUAUUGACUGCGUUGUGCAAGAAAUGGCUUCUGUGAUCUAGUGUACAAGGGUCCUCUGGUUACUCGUACAUAUUAGUACACUCUA